UUUUUUCCUUUUUUCCCCAAUUAUUUGAUUUGAUUUAAUUUUUCCUUCCCAACACAAACCCUUUUCACUUUAUUCCCUUUGCACUUCCGUUCUCCCAUUAAUUUCAUUUCACCAACUCCCCACCCCACCUUCAAAUUCUAACCAAAAAUCCGUUCCUUCCAAGUUUUUGUUUCAGAUCCCUUUGCUCGAGACCAAACUGUUUGAUUUCGAUUAUGGCAAAAUUCAGGAAUUACUGUUGAUUUUUUUAUGAAUAAAUUGAGUGAGCUAAUGUAUCGUUAUCACAGCUUAAUCAUAUUCUUAGCGUCAGAGGAUUAGGUAUUAUGGAAAUUUGUCUUAUGUUGAUGACGCGAAAAUACUCUUCUUCAUCGUGUCACCCUGGAUCCUUUUCUGGAUUACCUUCUCAAUCAUCCUUCUCUUUGAAUUAUUCGAUUGUGGAUGUUCAUACUGCCAAUGCCGAUCGCAAAUGUCGAUCCCGAAUCUGCCCCCCGCGAUCGCCGUCCUUCGUUUCCUAUUGCAUUGCUUCAGCGUUCUCUUUCGGCGAAAAAACACAAACCCCUUUCCCUCACAAUGCUUUUCUCUGAUUCCUAGGUUUCCUCGUUGGUUUCAACGUCACUUUUUCUUCUGCUAACUUUGGUAGGUUGUCGUUUACGACCAGAAUGAAUUCUGGUGCGGGCUCUGGAUUGCGUCAUUCUGUUAUAGGAGAUGGAAGUGGGAGUGGGAAUAGGAAUAUGAAUUCGAUAGGUUCUUCAGGGAGUCAAGGUAUUUAUAAUGCCGCUCCUGAUCACGAGGUUGAUUAUGUGGAGAAAUGUCCCAGAGGUCAAUAUGUCCGGUACAAUGAAGUCUUGGGCAAGGGCGCAUUCAAGACUGUCUACAAGGCAUUUGAUCAAGUUGAUGGGAUAGAAGUUGCAUGGAAUCGGGUGAAGAUAGAUGAGGUGUUGCAGUCACCUCAAGAUUUGGAAAAAUUGUACUCUGAGGUUCAUCUUGUAAAACAACUGAAGCAUGAAAAUAUCAUCAAAUUCUAUGAUUCAUGGAUUGAUGAAAAGAAGAAAACUAUUAACAUGAUCACAGAGCUUUUCACAUCUGGGAGCCUGAGGCAAUAUCGGAAAAAGCACAAAACUGUUGAUAUGAAGGCUAUAAAGAAUUGGGCACGGCAGAUUCUCCGAGGUCUAGACUAUCUUCAUAGUCAAAUCCCACCUGUCAUUCAUAGGGAUCUCAAAUGUGAUAAUAUUCUUGUUAACGGAAAUCAAGGAGAAGUAAAAAUUGGGGACCUCGGAUUGGCAACCAUCCUGCAGCGGCCUACAGCAAAGAGUGUCAUUGGAACCCCAGAAUUUAUGGCUCCAGAGCUUUAUGAGGAGGAAUAUAAUGAACUGGUUGACAUAUAUUCCUUUGGAAUGUGCUUGUUGGAAAUGGUGACUUUGGAUUAUCCUUAUUCUGAAUGCAAAAAUCCAGCUCAAAUUUUUAGGAAAGUUACUAAGGGUUUGAAACCUGCUGCACUUGGCAAGGUGUCUUCUCCUGAAGUCAAAGAAUUCAUUGAGAAAUGCUUGGCUCCAGCCUCUCAAAGGUUGUCUGCUAAGGAGCUUCUUAGAGACCCCUUUCUUCAAUCUGAGCAUUCAAAGUUACCUGUUGUUGAUUUGUUACAAAUACCUAAUGAAGCACCUAGAUUCUUAAGUACAUUCAUUUGUGGGCCUCAUUCUAUGGACAUAGACCAUGAAUAUAACCAGUCUCAGUGUCCAGACUCCAAUUCUGGGAGUUCUUGUUCGUCAGUACUGGAAAUUCAAAGAGUACAUCUGAACAAUGAAUUUAGAUUGAAGGGGAAGAAAAAUGAUGACAGCUCAAUCUCAUUAACCUUGCGCAUCGCGGAUCAGGGUGGUCGUGUUAGGAACAUACACUUUCUAUUUUACCUUGAUUCAGACACCGCGCUUGCUGUUGCAGCUGAGAUGGUUGAGCAGCUGGAUUUAGCUGAACAUGAUGUAGCUUUCAUUGCCGACUUUAUCGAUUUCUUAAUUAUGAGAAUUUUGCCAAACUGGAAGCCUUCAUCUUGUUGCCUCUCCAGCGCAGAGAGAAGAGCAAGUGGCCUAACCUUGAUGCCAGAUCAAUGGGAGACACCCGUGGCAGGUAGUCCAGCUGAGUUAGUGGUCAAGCAAGAUGAUGCAUGCGAGUUUCAUAUGGAUCCUCGAAUUUUUGUACCAGCUGUUAAUGGCCAUAAUUUGUAUGGGAAUUCCAGUAUUGCUUCUCCUCACGUUUCAUUUGCUUUGUCUCCAUGUUUCACAAUAAAUACAGGCAACAAGUUGUCACAUGGAUCAGCAACUUCUGAGGUCUUGGGUGAAGAUUCUUUAAGAAGAAGUGUGAUGUCUAAGGGUUCCAGUGCUGAAGCCUCUGAGAGGGACUUUAGGGAUCUAUAUUGUGCUGAAUGCAGAUUGCGUGCAGUUGAAAGUGGCAAUUUAGAAUAUCCUGCACAUAGGGAUCAGUUGGCAGAGAACUCUGACUUGGUUUUCUCUGAUCAGGAUACGUUUUCCAAAGGGAGCCCUUGUUCAACUUUGACUUUGCAAAGGAGAGAUCCUGAGGCUGAGCUGAAGCUUGAGCUUGAUGCAAUUGAAGCACAAUAUCAGCAAUGGUUUCAAGAACUUUUGAGGAUGAAGCAGGAUGCAAUGGAGGAAACCAAGAAAAGGUGGAUGGCGAAAGAUAAAGUGGUUGUUCAUUAACCGGUGGGUUAUUUGCUUCUUAUCUUCUUCCUGCCCAUGUCCAAGUUUUUCGUUUUGUGGUUGAGGAUGAUCUCAGGACGGUUUUUCCUUGUUUAGGACUUUUAUUCUAUUUGUUUUGUUGUGAUGGAUCUUUGGAACCUUCCUUAUUGGAUGUGGCUUCCUUUGUAGAACUAAUCAUCUUUUUGGAGCCAGGGCAAUGGAUCUUGUAUGAGAAUGUACAUAAUAGUUGAUUUCUGAAUAUAUUUCUAUUUCACCUGGUAGACAAACAACAAAUUGUAUUUCUUGUGCAUGAUCUUGGUACAUGUAUGUCAUACUAGCCUCGCGUGUUUACAUUUUGAAAAUGUAAGAACCCCUGUAUCAUCUUCAGCCUGCAUGCGAAUCACCUGCAGGCUCAAGUCUAAG